GCACUGCAAUUUGAAGUGUUCAUAAUCCCACCGUCUACUGAUACAUUUUCCUGAUUACCCUCCGGAGUAAAACCUGAAUUGUACUAGGGCCGUUUCUGAACCUGAAAAUGGAGAAAAUCAGGAGAGCAUCACAUGCUGGUUCGUGGUACACUGAUAAUCCCCAGAAACUGGAAAAAGAGCUUGAUGAGUGGUUGAGAGAGUCUGGGCUGACCAAGUCGUCUGAUGUACGGGGUGUGAUUGCCCCCCAUGCUGGCUAUUCAUAUUCAGGGCGCGCGGCGGCUUUUGCUUUUGGAAACAUAGACCCAGCAAAUAUUUCUCGGGUCUUCCUGCUUGGCCCAUCACACCACUAUUACACUGCAAAAUGUGCACUUUCGAAAGCCACAGUUUACAAGACCCCCAUAGGAGAUUUACCUAUUGAUAUGGAAGUCAUUGAGGAGCUGAAAGCUUCAGGGAAGUUUGAAAUGAUGGACCUGAGUGUUGAUGAGGCUGAGCACAGCAUGGAAAUGCACCUGCCAUACCUUGCUAAAGUAUUUCAUGGGUAUACAGUGGAAGUAGUUCCUAUCUUGGUUGGUUCUCUUAGUCCAAUGCACGAAGCCAUGUAUGGAAAAUUUCUGGCAAAAUACGCAGAUGAUCCAACAAAUUUCUUUUCAGUAUCUUCAGAUUUUUGUCACUGGGGCUCACGGUUUCAUUACACAUACUAUGACAAAACACAUGGAGAAAUUCACAAGUCAAUUGAAGAACUGGAUAAGAGGGGCAUGGAUAUAAUAGAAACAGGAGAUCCAGAUGCAUUUCAAGAGUACUUGUCGAAGACUGAAAACACCAUAUGCGGACGCCAUCCAAUAAGUGUUUUCCUUCAUAUGGCAAAGAACUGCUCGACAAAGAUGAAGAUUAAGUUCCUUCGGUAUGAGCAAUCAAGCCAGUGCAAGAGCAUGAGAGACAGCAGUGUGAGCUAUGCAUCAGCAGCAGCAACCAAGGUUGAUGUUUGAACUUGGAAGAACAUCGUGUGCAUUUUCACCGACUUAUCAUGUUGAACAGGGAAUGUUCGACUAAGCAACUAAUGAUUGGUUUAAUACUGAUGGGUUUUUUACCCUCUUUUGUUUCAAACUUUCAAUCUACAUGGACGUGUCUUCUUUAAUUGUGAGUUAAAAAAUGUGAAAUCAUCUAGUGUUUCAGGUUUGUAGUCAUGAAAAGGGUGGAAAUAGAAACGUAACUGCGGGUACACCCAGUCUGUUCCCGUGUCAAUUCCGCUCCAAUUUUUGGGCUGCUUCUGGGCGGGAUUCUUUGCCUAUUAAAAAAACAGGUUCCUGAACUGGUCUAGUCCUAUUUUGGAGGAAUACGCGUGGACCCUAACCGGAUCCGGUGUUGGUACCGGGUAUAAUUUGGUCAGAAAUUUUAAAAUGCCCGUUACGGGCUUGUUAGUGAGCACGUUGAACGCACUAACGUACAUAAUACUACUAUACUUCG